AUGCAAUAAACCGCACCAUGUUUUUGGCAAAGGUUAGGUUUCCAAUGACCCAAAUAGAGCGGCAAGCUGCAAAAGAAAUUUUCGCCUCAGCAUCCGCACCAUUUGUAGGAGGUACUAUUGGGGCUAUCGAUUGCACUCAUGUGUCAAUCAUGAGCCCAAAGCAUCAUGAAGAAGCGUAUGUCAACCACCAUGGAUACCAUUCUAUCAAUGUGCAAAUGAUAUGUGAUCCAAAUCUAAAGAUUUUGGCUGUCAAUGCUAAAUACCCAGGAGCGCGACACGAUUCAUUUAUUUGGAGCUCCUCUGCAGUCCGGAGAGUUAUGCAGCGAAGUUUUGAAAAUGGAAACCAUAACGUGUUUUUGAUUGGUGACUCAGGAUAUCCUUUGGAGCCGUGGUUGAUGACUCCUCUACCAAACCAACCAGAAGGGAGUCCUAAAUUCCGCUACAAUGAGGCAUUGUGCAAAGCUCGAAACCCAGUCGAGAGACUUUUUGGCGUUCUCAAAGGAACUUGGCGAUGCUUAUCUCAGCAAAGGACUCUUUUGUAUGAUCCUGGAUUUACUGGAAAAGUAGUAAAUGCUUGCACAGUGUUGCAUAACUUGCGAUUGGGUGACCAAACAUACGAUCCCGAGACUGAGUUCCUAGAGCCAAGGACACAUAGCAGUAAUGUAAAUCAAGACGCGCCGUCUUCAACAGCAAAACGCGUCCAAGACCGGCUAAUUGCAAAUUAUUUUACAUGAAUAAA